AUUUUAACAAAUAUGUCAGGAAAGCAGAGACAAGUAGGCCUCGGAUCCUACUUCAAACCAAAGUCAGCCAGGCACGAAGCCAAAACUGCCAAGAAGGGACAAGAGAACAUCAACAACAUGGCAAGCGACACUUCUAAAAAGUGCGGGAAUUUGACGACUAAGCACCCCAACAGUAUCAAAGAACCCAAAACAGCUCCCAAGAGGAACAAAUCUAAAGUAGUUGAUUCAGACGAAUCCUUUGAAGUUGAUGAGGCCAUCCUCAGCGACUUGGACUCUGACCAUAUUGACCAGAGUGAGCUAGAGGCCUUAGUGGAUGAGCUAGAUCAAGAGGAAACCCAGAAACCCAACACAAAUCGUAUCACUCAAGCUAAGAGAGAAGAAGCCAAGGAUUUUGAAACUCCCGCGGUUCCCAGAAAGAAACAAGCAACUCUGGCAACCUUCAACAGGCUCGAAGGGUUUGGAUUCACUGGGAGUGUGAAGAAGAAGGACCCUCCUAAACGUAAAACUGCGGUACAACAAAACAAGAGAAAGACUCCUCAUCAGGCGCAAACUCCCAGGCUUCCUGGUCAAGGCAAACAAAAGGUAGAUGAGAUGGCGGCAAUGAGCCAGCAGGAGGUAUUGGAUGGCCUUCCUGACUUUCUCAAGCCUGAAAAUAAACGUGAUGAGAGAAAGAGGAAAGUAGACGACCCUGAGUAUGACCAUACUACCUUGUUCAUCCCCUUCGAUUUUAUGAAGGGUCUCACUCCAGCAAUGAAGCAGUAUUGGGGAGCAAAAGCAAAGAACUAUGACAAGGUCUUAUUGUUCAAACUUGGUAAAUUCUACGAAAUGUUCUAUGAAGAUGCAAUCAUAGGAGUCAGACUCCUCAACCUCAACUGGAUGGGAGGAGCUAAAAAGUAUCAUGUCGGGUUCCCUGAAAAAGCCAUUGACAAGUAUGUCCCAAUCUUGGUGAAUAAUGGCUUCAAGGUUGCUGUUGUAGAGCAGACUGAGACUCCCAAACAAAUGGAUAAGAGACUCAGGAUGAGUGGCAUUCCAAAGUCAAGACAAUGUGUUCUCAGAGAAGUUUGCAAUGUUUAUACCAAAGGAACCUUCAAUGACGUCAAUGAUGUAUCUUAUGAGGCUAAGUGGGUUCUCGCAUUCUCUUCAGAUUUUGAGAACAACAUAGGAGUUGCUUUCUUUGACAUCACAACAUUAAAGUUCUUCAUUGGGCAAUUCGAAGACAACCAUAUGUAUGGAAAGUUUAGAACUCUUGCGAUGGAGCUAAGGCCAGCAGAGAUACUCUAUGAUAAAUCUCAGGCCAAGGAUGAGCUACUGAAAAUCCUACUGAACUCUCCAGUUCCUCCCAUAAAGAUAGGAUUGCCAGCAAAGUCAUGUUUAAAUGCUUUCAAGAGUAUGUCGAAGAUAGAGUCAUAUAUGGGUGUAGACUAUCUUUCAAAGUCAGAUGGGAAGGACCAGAUGCAGUCCAUCCUCCAUGAUUUCAACAACAGUUUAGACAAAAAUGAUCUGUCAGUGACUUGCAUGGGAAUGAUCAUUUCGUAUCUUGAGAAUACAAUGAAUGAGAGACUUUUCGCAGAUAAACUAUUUGACUUCAACAGAUACGACCCAGACCGCUCGAUUCAGUCGAGAAUGGUGCUUGACUCUCAAGCUCUAGAGCACUUACAAAUACUGGAAGUGAAGACAGCAAGAGGAAUGGUGCAAGAAGGCUCUCUUUUUGGGAUGAUAGAUGAUUCUAGAACUCCGUUUGGAAAGCGGUUACUGAAGAAAUGGAUUAGUUCUCCUCUCCAGAACAUUGAAAUGAUAAAUUCCCGCCUAGAUUCUGUAGAAGAUCUAAUUGAGAAUGGACACGAAUUUGAAACUCUAAGAACCAAGUUGCUCAAACUGAAGGAUCUAGAGAAGGAGCUGUCUAGGCUGUAUCAAUAUAGUAUCAACAGGAACGAGAAGGCCAUUUAUUUCGAAGAUAUUUCUCUGAAGAAGCUCAGAGAGUUCCAUAAUAUUCUCCAAAAAAUGAAGGAAAUCCCUGAUUACAUCCGAGCCAUUAGCGAGUGCAAAGAUGGUUUCAAGUCAGAGAGACUCAAGCAGCUAAUCACCAUCAACGAGGAAGAAGAAGGAUUUGGUGAAAACAGCCAAGAUGACUUCGAAGAGCUAGAUAAGUCAAAUGGGCUCUUCCCAAAUCUCGUGAAGGAGCUAGAAGAGUUUGAAUCCAUGGUUACUUGGAAAAAGAUUGGCCCUGAGAGAAUUCCAGAACCCUCGAAAGGCAUAGAUCAAACCUUUGAUGAGGCAAACGAGGUUGUCUCACAAAUCAAAGAGGAACUCUCCAAGGUAUUGCUCAAAGAGAGAGACAGAUUCAAUGGAGAUCCAAACAUAAACUUCUCCCAUGCCAAAUUCAGGUAUGAGCUUGAAGUCCCUGAACGCUAUGUCAGAGGAAAACAGAAGCCCAGUGAUUAUGAGUACACAUCUCAGAGGAAAGGCUUCCAGAGGUUCCAUACGAAAGAAAUCAGAGAAUGGGUGGAGCAGCUAGAAGAAGCAGAAGAAGCCUUGAAGGCAGCCAUCAUUCCGUUUAUAUGUUCACUAUUCAGUCAUUUCCACUCGAAGAGUAAUAUUUGGGGAAGAGCCAUUGCUUGUCUUGCUGAGCUAGAUUGACUGUGCUCGCUUGCCUUCUUUAGUAGAAAUAGCAUCGGAGCAUGAACAAGGCCAGAGUUCAUCAGGAACGAAGAUAAUAACUAUCACUCCUAUCUUGAGCUGAAGAAAAUGAGACACCCAGGUGUCGAGUCUACUGGAGUGUCAAAUGGCUCUUUCAUUCCGAAUGAUACAGUAAUAGGGAGGAGAUUUGAUUGCGAAGACUCGGGAACUGAGUCCAACCCAUACAUAUUGCUAAUCACUGGUCCGAACAUGGGAGGAAAGUCAACUCUACUUCGCCAAACUUGCAUUGCUGUGAUCUUGGCUCAGAUAGGCUGCUAUGUGCCUGCAGAGAAAUGUGUGUUGACACCUGUUGACAGAAUUUUCACAAGGAUUGGAGCAUCAGAUAGAAUCUUGGAAGGCAAAUCUGUAUUUUUUGUAGAACUAGAAGAAACUAAGCAGGUGCUUGACUAUGCCACCUCAAGCUCACUGAUCAUUAUGGAUGAGCUAGGCAGAGGCACCAGCACUUAUGAUGGGUUCUCUCUGGCAAAGGCUGUGCUGGACUACCUUGUCAAGUCAAUAAAAUGCAUCGGACUGUUCACCACACAUUAUCAUAUGCUGUGCAACUUCAAGAAGAUUGACGGGUUAGAGAACUUCCAUAUGGGGUACAGGUUUGAUGAGGAGACGAAUAACGUCACUUUCUUGUACCGGCUCACUCCAGGAGCUUGUUCCAAUAGUUUCGGUAUUCAAGUAGCGAGCCUUGCUGGAAUCCCAGAGUCUGUGCUUCAGAAGGCAAUCCCAAAGGCAGCAGAGAUGAAAAGCUUCAACAAGGAUAUUGAUUUUGAAGCCAUGAGAGAAUAA